GAGAUCGUGUUUGCGUGCGAGUCGGAUCGACCAUUUUGCGAAAGAUCACCCGCAGACGGUUCUGUUUUUCGGUGCUGUGUUUUGCUCGCGUGCCUCUCGCAUCCAAUUAUUAGUGGCUUGACCUUACACGACGCGUUCGUGGCCUUUCUCGAGCAGACAGCAUUGCUUAACCGCUGCUGUGUCUGCGGACCUGUGCGUGACGUCUUUCCCGCGGAUGCAUGGCGCUGCAAAAGGGCUGACCUUUAUGUGAAAACACAGUUUUAGAUUUUAUUUGUUCACGGUUUCUGUGUUCACGGUUUUAAGCGUGAUAAGUGAAGUAGAAGUGUGUCUUUUUUGCUCCCGCUUUACACUGUCUAUGGCGUCUGCGUGUGUCAUUUACUUAAGUGCAAGAAGCGCUAAUCGUACGUGCUACGGAUCUUUAACGCUACGAUCGACGUCAUUCGGUGUGCACCGUUGUUAGGCGUACCAGUUGGCAGCCUUCGAGCUAUUGUUCUGCAUCCAAGCAGAUAACAACAGAUGCGAGUGAUCAUCAUCUGUCUACCAAACCACCUGUAUUGAAGUGUAUCGCCUGGAACAGCGGAACAAGCGCAACUCGGCCCGAAAAUGAAUCUGAUGUUUCGGAAAAAUAUGCGUGAAGGGGGUGGUCGUGCUGGUGGCGGUGGAUCCAAAAGUAAGAUGACCGGCCGCCAUCAGCGAAAAACGCGCGACAGCUACGGUGGAGGUGGCUCGGACGAGUGCCAUUACCGGACACACAUUUUCUUCUCACCGGCCCACGUCAAGCAGGACAAUGAAGAGCUUCGCUGCACGCCCAUUUCGGGCUUUACCUUACCCCCACAAACGCCACCCACCACGACAUACUCUGACAUGGAUGCACCUAUGCAACCGCUAGUAGACCGUAGACCCUCCGCGUCUAUGAUGAAAUGGGGCCCUAUUGCCGUUAACCGACGGGUACCCGAGGUGCCCACCGCCAGGCAAGUAAGCUUUGGAGGACAGCCGGGCACCGGUGGCUUCGUCAGUUCCCGCAGUGAACCGAUCUCGCUGGCUACACUGGAUAAGGACUGCUUUAUCAUUCCGGUUCACAGCUUGGACCGCUUCCUGCCGGCAGGAAUUCCGCAGCUUCCAACGCCGGAAACAGCUGACCCGUCUCAGGUUGGACCACUCAGUGUGCUCGAGGUAUCUGAUCCAAAGAUCUGCAUCCUAGCCCACCUAAUGAGCCCGUUAGAGCCGAUCGAUCCGCUACUAGAGUCCCCACUAGCCCACCCACUGAUGAAGCAGCGAGCCGUAGCGUCGGAGCUGCUGAACGAGGUCCAACAGGGCAACAAUGCCGUCGGGGGAAUGCUGCUCGCCAACAUGGAGCGAAGUUCCGCGGAGUUUCCCUUCAUCGCGUACUAUGUGAUAAAUACUACCCAAACCGAUCCCGCCAUGUUCUACACGGGUGUACGUGGUGCUUCGCUGUCCAAGUUUGAGCCGAAAAACACGCGCUACACCGCAGCCCACACGCUCGACCUGUACAGUGAGGUAGCUUCGAUCUGUCGGCCACCGCUGGCACUAGCACCGAAUGAGAUUGGCAGCGUGAAAAAGGGUCAAACGCCUUCCACCGGAUACAUCAUUAGUGUAUACAAGGUGUACGAAGGUGAUGAUGGAGAACGCUUCGAGCGGAACUGGCUCUACUGGACCGGUGCCAGGAUGAUUUACAGGUACCUUCCGAAAACGGCCGGACUUCGUAGAAUAACGCUCCACAAAAGUGUUUCCUCGCGGGGCGACAAGAUGUAUCUGCUACUGUGUGAAUGUGCCGACUUGCUCAAGGAUUUGUCCGCGGCUGCCCUGCUAAUACCGGCCCUAAGGGCACGGUUAUGUGGCUACACGGGACUGUACCGGCCAAUACAAACCUUCUGAAGCUCCUGAUCGUUUCACUAAAAUCGAUUUACAUCCACGGUGGGGAACCGAAUGUGAAUAACCGCAAACCAAAUUCUUGACUUAUACAUGACACCUGCCAUCAAAAACCUGAUGCGCUUGUCGAAAACAUCCAAAAGCAUAGGCAGAACAGAAACACGGUUGUGUAAUUAUAAGCAUAAUGUAGGUAAGUAAAAUUCACUCGCCAGCGCUCUACAAACACCCUUAUUGAACGCUCGUAUUAAACUUCUUCUGUGCCGAGCAAAUCGAUUAAACUAGAAUGCCAGAAACCACGGUAGAUAGCAUGCGACGGUCGCCAGUAAAACUACUUUUACACUAACAAAGAACUAGCGUUGAACUUUAAAGAGACAGCGGCCGAGACCUGCGAAGAACAUUAUAACUUUCGAAACUCGUCAACCUAGCUAAUAAUCUCUUGCGUGCUUGUGCAAACAAUGUACUGUGCAAAACCAAUUUCGAGCGUCGAGUCGAAAAAACCAAUCGACCCGCUUUAUCGAGCCAAGGGGAUGUUACCAAGUUUGCCUAUUCUCAGGCUUUUAAGAACAAAUUAUUAUCUUACACACACGAUAUGAUCACGAUCAAGUAAAUGCGCUACGAAUAGCAGAACUCACAAACAGAACAAGCCGUGCCAGUAGAUUACGAACUAAAAAAAAGGAACCGUCGUUGCUAACGAAACACACGGACACAUACUGCCAACGUUGGCCACGGGGACGUUAAUAUCCAGUUUGAUGAUAUAUAGCAACCUAAUUUCACGAAACCGUAAGCAUAAGCUAAAAAGUAGUAACUAUCGAUGCGCCAAAAGAGACAGUAAGAAAAAGGAACCGGCAGGACAGGACGACAGGACACUUAUCAACCAACAACAACAACCACCAGGAAUGCGAUGGUUUCACACGACCGAAAUGGGAUACAAUCAUGCUGCUGAUGAGUUCAUAUUUACAUAAAGCGUCUUUUCCAUAUACAACGAUGAAUUUGAAAGUACCGAGCCGCGAUGACCUGAGAAUCGGUUGUACAAAACGAACAUAAAAAGUAUGAAGCUCGUUUUACUCACAUUUUCUGAUGAAUUACGAGCGCCAUUAUGAUUAUUUGUGAUGUUGUUGGACAUUUUUAUCUUAUUUAAUUUUGUUUUUAUUUACUAAUUCCUGUUAAUUUUUAACUCCUUUUAAUUUACAGUGUUUUCUGAUGAUAAUGUAAAAGCAUCGAUCUUUUUUGGAAGGCUCCUUAGAUGAAACAGGGCCAGUUGACAUGGGAACGGCUUCAGAUGACAGUCGAAUCAAUUAUCUUGUAUUGUGAAGUUACCAGAUCAUAUAACUUAAGUUGUUGUUUUGAAAUUCACUUCGUUGGCAAAGUAAGGAACAUGCAUCACUUACUGAAUAUCCAAAAUCUGGUUCCUUGCGUAAAAUUUCAAUUCGUACACUACCGAUUUUCUGCAAGAAGUUCAAUCUCACGGCACGCGUUUAUACUUGUAAUAGCCCGUAGUAACUUGGGUUGGAGUAAUUACAGAAUUUCACUGUCAAAAUCUGAAAUCGUUCCCAUGUCAACUUGCUUUGUUUAAUAUUUCAUCUAAGGAGCCAACAAGAAAGAUCGAUCCUUUUACGUUAUCAACUGAAACCCCCAUUGCAUUGUUUAGAAAAGAACCCCUUUUUUGCCAAUGGCACACUAAUUGCUCAAAGAUGUUAUUACUAUGGAAAAACAAGUAACACACACACAAUUGCAUAAAAACGAGCUAGAAAUUUUGAUAAAGCCGCGGUCCAAAUUUGUUGUCUUUUGCGAUAUUUUCUUAUAAAAAAAAGGAUAAACUUAAUCGAAAUAAUCUGGUUCAUUAAGAAACUUCUCGUACUACUACUUACACAUGAUGCUUUAAGGACGUUGAAAAACGAACGGCACGAUCGAACUCUAGUGCUAAACUUUAGCGGCUAGUUGAAUUAAAGUUUGAAAAACAGAAUAUGCUUCUCUAAGAGAAACAAAAACCCCGAUAUUAGAAAAAAAGGAUAGUCAGUAAAAAGAGAAGAAGGAAAUAGAAGGAUGCGAACAUGCGAUAAAAUUUGACAAAAAAAAAGAAAAAAACAAUGCAUAAAAGUUAGAAAAGGAUGAAUAUAUUUAUAAUGCUUCCCGAGAGUAAUAUAGAAAACAAAAACAAGCGAAUCCUUGCCACAUAGGAGAAAAGGAAAGAAGAAAGGUAAAGGAACGUACUUAGCUCGAUAAAGCAGCCACACGUCUCGUUAGAUAAGCCAACAAAGUAGAACAAAAGUGCGACCGUUUUAGAAAAGUAUCGCCCGUGAAAGUCUAUCGACACGUGUAGUAAUAACAAGCAAGAGUAAUGAGAUUGUAUAGCCAUCCUAAGAUUGACCGAUUUUUAUAACCGAUUUCAAAUUCCCAAUUUUACUAGAAUAGCAAAAACUAUAAAAAAAAAACAUGUAAGCAUGCUGAAAAAGGGCAUACAUAAGCCGUAACAAACUAUUAGCAUUGAGAAAGGAUUACUGCUGCCAGUACCAUCACCAUCCGCAAGACGGCCACAAUUGCUCUACCAAACAGCGAAGCAGAGCAAACAUAUAAAUACGCUUAUAUACAUA